AUGCGCCCGGCGCUUCUGCGACUGUUGAAGAGGCCGUCCGCCGUCUCGAUCCUUGACACACUCACAGCAACACCGAUCGGAAUUGAGCAAUUGGAGUCCAGGUACAGGUGUCUACGAUGCCAUUCACGAAGCACCAAUCCAGAAUCACUCGAGGAACCCGACAAUAGCCCGACGCAGCACUAUCUUGAGGAUUCAUGCCGAGGGAAACGGCCAUUCAGCUUUCCCAUCUACGACAUUGAGGCCUCGAAUGAACCAUAUACCCUUGCGUCCACGCCUCUCGUGGACAGUCAAACGCAUAGAAAUACGACACAAUGCCCUACAAAACUUCUAUCUCUCCGACCGGAUAAACUUGAAUUCGAAUCGGACGUGGGACACCUCAACAACAUUGGAACGCGAUUAGUGGAUAAUCCGGAGCAUCGAAACAAUUUUGGUCUGUGGGAAGAGCUUCUUCGAUAUCGUCAGCGUCACUAUGGAGACAAUGGCACGUUAGACAUAUGGGAAGGGUUGAGAGUCCGAGUGAAUGGUGUGCGGCUCCCAGUUGCAGGAGAGCAAGCAGACUUCUUUUGGCAGAGCUUUGUGGACAUGGGGCUGAGGCGAGAGAUUUUUCUUAAAGAGGUUGUUGACUAUGCUGUCACUAUACGAGAACAAGAAGGCUGCGGAUGGCCACAGCUUUAUGAGCGCGUGGUGGGUGGACUUCUUGACCAAGGCUUGACGAAACGUGCGAUCCAAUGGCACAAGAAGCUUCAAGAUUCUCAUUUAGCCAGCUCAGAUGAUGUGCUGAAAAUCCUUCCAUCAGCGAUCCGUUCUUCGUCUCUUCCGGCUGGCACGGAAUUUGCGACUCUAGCUGAUCUCGAGCGGUCGCCCUUGUCGCCGGGGUUGCUGGCUUUCCAAGCCAUAUGCUCCACGACCACCGACCAUAAAUUUUAUGGCCCUGUCAUUGCCAUGCUCAUGCAGCAACGCCAUGGAGAGGCGGCGAUCUCAAUGCAUCAUUUCCUUGCUCGACGCCAGGACCACCCACAGACCCCUGAUGAGAUACAGCCAUUACUGGAAUAUGUUGAGAAAUUCGGGCUACGGAAAGAAUUCAAUCGACUCCGUGGCUACGUCAAAAAGCGAUUUGAUACCGAAGCUUCAAUUGAUCAACCUAGCCCAAUAGACACAGCCCUAAAACCCGAGGGAAAAGGGUCGCAUGAAGAAAAGCCCUUUAAGGAUGACAUUGGUGCGAAGCUGUUUGCUACUCGUGCUCUCAAUUUUGAUAUGAUCGUUGGUGGUCUGAAAAUGCUCGGUGUAUCAGAGAUCGGCCAUCGGACGUUGCGCGAAUUAGCCACGAGAGCCCACGGCAACCAAGAUCUUCUGGACAAGCUCAAAAUACUCAAGCAGUCUGGCAUUUCUAUAGGAAGCACUGUCUUCUCGCGCUUAAUUCAAAAACUUGCAGUCCAGAACCGCGACAUUCUUCUCUCGGACAUCCUCCGCAGCGAUCAGCAUCCCGACAAUCUCGAAGACAAGCGUAUGCAGGAGUCAUUGUUAGUAUCCUACUACAUGGCCCGGGAUUGGCGAUUGUAUAAUAUGACUCUAGCGGUGUUGACGGAACUAUACCCGGGGGCACCAGACCUCCAUGACAUCCACUUUCGAAAGCAUAUCGCAGCCUGGGAAUUGAGCGCGGCGUCCAAGGUCGCCGAUGAGCUAGCCCUUCGUGGUAGGACUUUGGGCGAGGACAGCGUGGAUUUCAUGGCUGAGCAGAUUCUCACACCUCGGCGAAUGAACCAUCGCCCGCCGCCGGGUCAACGCCUGUCUGCUGUCGACGAAGUGAUCUUCAUCUUCAAGAUUCUGAAGCGUGUUGUUCCCGCGGGAGGAUAUGUCAGUGCUGCAUUUUGGGUCGAGAUGCUCAAGCGUCUAGGCAUGGCAGAUGCAUGGGCAGACUGGGACAAACUCCGAGACUGCUGUCUGUGGCUCGUCCGCCAAUACGCCGAAAGCCCUAAGCAGAAGCCUUGGGUAACCAUUUCGUCCUCGGAACUAUCCCCUGAUCCCACCAAGCAGGCCAACGGUCGCGAUCGGCGGAUGCUCGAUCUGGUCUUUAACCCCCAAAUGCAAGCCGCUAUCGUCUCCUGGGGCUUCAUGUUCCGAGUAUUGGACACCACCGCAUCGAAAUUUGCCAUUGCCCCACCUGACUCCCAAAUGGACGAAAAGCUCAUUCCAUGGGUACGGGGGCUUAUUCUACUUCGAGAGCUGGAACAAUCUGGUCUUCGUCUUGACAAGCGAUUGAUCUCACAGGCAGUCCGCCACCGGCUGGCGAUGCUGUACAGCCACCAUGUUCUGUCAGCGCGGCGCAUGAACCGCAUGCUACGGCGGCGGAACCCAUACUCUCUACAGCAGGUGUUGAACGAUGUGUUCCAGGCCUGGGGCGAUCGAUCUCUCUUUGAUGGGAUGGAACAGAACUUGGAGCAGCUGGUGAAUCCGCCACGAGCGAGCAGAACAAAACGACGCGCCCCGGGCAUACGUCUGUCGCUUAAAGGACUAUGA